AUGCCUCCGCUACCUCGGAGGGUUAUCAGAAAAGCGUGCCAAAGAGUUCUCGAGAGUGAUGCGGUCAUGUCUGCGUAUGUGAUCGAAUGUAUUGCACGGAAUUCUUCCAAUCCUGAAGAUGAAGUUCUUUACAAAAAAGGUCAACCUAUUGACCAGUUUCGUGCAGCAGCGAAUGUGAAAAUCGCCCUAAUUAGAAUCGGUGACAGCGCUCAUGCAGAAUGA